GCCACGGUGAACACCCACGAGCAACAAUGAAGUUCCUGGUAUUUGUGCUGCUGGCGGCUUUUGCUUGUGCUGCUGCAAUAGAAAAGCGAGAUGCAGAGCCAGACCAUGGGUAUCGCAACUACUACCCUUACUACCCAAGACCCUAUGGUUACAAUCACUACCCUCACAAGAGAUCUGCCGAGCCAGAACCAGAGGCUGGAUACUACCAUGCCUACCAUUCUUAUCCUCACCAUCACGGAAAGAGGUCUGCCGAUCCUUACGCCUAUGCUGAGCCUUACCCUUAUCCUUACCCUUACGCAGAACCUUCCAAUAACUAUGGCUACUAUGGCUAUCCUGGCCCAUACUAUGGUUAAGGAGAACUUGACUGCAGGUCUCAGUGGAGCAUAUAUGUGGAUUUUCUGUUGUUGCUGAUUCAGAAGUGUUUCAUGUAAAGACAAACGAUUGAAUUAAAAUACUG